AUGCCUUUUGUGGCUAAACGAUGCGGGGUGCAAUUCAGCCCACCUUCAAUCGUUUUAAUUUAUGAAAGUAACGUUAAGGAUACAAACAAGAUGCGUAAAAGAAUCAUACCUGUGAGGAACUUCUCGAAAUGUUCAGGUAGGAAAACUCGACAGGACAUUGCUUAUCACAGGAAAGAUGGGCAUCCCCUAGUCCAGCAUCUCCCAAACUCGGACCUGGGGACCCCAAGGGGUGUUUGGUUUUUACCCUAGCACUACACAGCUGAUUCAAAUAAUCAAAGCUUGAUGAUUAGUUUAUUAAUUGAAUCAGCUGUGUAGUGCUAGGGCAAUAACCAGGACCGAGUUUGGGGAACGCUGCCCUGGUCUCUCUUGUUAUGGAGUAUUCAGAUGGCAUAGUGAUCUCUGAAGUUAUUUUAGUGUCAGAUCAAUACACAUGGCAACACAUUGCUAUACUUAACUUGUCCAAUGCAACUGAUAAAUUCUACAUGGCCAACCCACAAGGCAGAUAGAUCAUAGGAUAUGCUUUCCAAACUAGUAUUUGAGAGCUGCACGGUGUGCAGUUUUUUUUACAAGCCCAGCACUAAAAACAUGGGAAGAGGGAACGCCUGCACUCUUCUUGAGAAUUUAUGGUUGGUGACCACCACUACGGUUUUACCCAUAUACUUAAAACAUGAGGUAAUCUAGUUAUAUUUCACCCACUAUCCACCUUUCAUCCACAGACUGCUGCAUGGCUGCGGAGAGAAUGAAGCACCAUAUUCGGCACAGGGCAUACCUGGAGAGUGUUUCAUUGGGGCAACUGGAGAGGCUUCAUAUAGUGUUGCGGGAUCACAUGCAGGGCCACAGCCUGGAGCACACUCUAGCCUCCCUCCGCCUGGACCCUGAGGAGGACCUAAACAAGCUGGAUGAUGAGGAGCUUGCGCGCAAGAAGGCCCAAAUGGACAAACUCUUUGAACGCAACCGAAGGCGGAAAGAUGACCCUGACUUUGUCUAUGACCUGGAGGUGGAAUUUAAAGGGGAGGUUGCUCGGGAACCCUGCAGCUGGGAUGAAGAGGAGUCUGAUGAUGGGUUUUAA